AUGCUCUACAAAUACUCUGACCACUCUCUGAUUCUCACCGAGGCCUACCGCAUGCAGCGCCGCCACAAUAAUACACCAGAGACAGAAUCUGAGAAGUUUGCUCGUGAAUAUCAUUGGCUGAGCUUGGUCAAAGGAACACGUGGAGCUUUCUCUCUUGUCCUCUAUGACCACCUAAAGAAAACUCUUUUUGCAGCAGCAGUAAGUUGCUAUACUUCUAGUAACGGUCUCAAAAGCUACAAUCAAGACAAGGUCAUCAGAGUUGUUCAGACCCAUGACAGUUUAGGCAGCUUCCCUUUGACAGCUCAGAUCGACGGUGAUGAUACUCCCACUAACACCGACGUUGCUUCCACCGGUCACAACUACUGGGGUUGA